AUGCCCUAUUUCCAUCACCACCAAGACAACCAUCACCGCCAUGACCAUGUCCCACACCCACACCCUCGCCAUCUAGCCGCAUCCUCUCCCUCUUCCUCUCCACUGCCGCCUCCUCCUCCUCUUCACCGUGGCCAACACAACCGUACCCCCUCCUACCACAACAGCCAGCACUACCCUCCUCCCCACCCUGUUGCUCACCACUAUGAUUCCUACAGGUCAAGGUACAACGGCAGUAGAUACGACGGCGAUCGCCGCUCCCGCUCGCCCCGGGACCGCUCGCCUCCACCCCCUUACAGAGACCGGGGGGACCAGGGAGACCGCGGCCCGCUCAACUCCCAGCACUUCGACGGUGACCGCCGACGCCAGUCCAUGGCCGACUCGCGCGGUGGCUUCCAGGGACGUGAUUCCUUCGCCGGUCGAGAACCACCCCGCGGCCCCAAGGCCCUACUCCUGGAUCCACCGAGUGGACCGCGCGGCGGUGGCUUUGCUGGAGACUUCCGCGGUGGGCGAGGUAGAGGCGGCGGACGAGGCGGCCGAGCAUGGCGGGACGACAGCAGAGACCGUGGACGAGAUCGUGAACCGCCCGACUUCCGAGACCGCCCCCCUUUCAGAGACGACCGAAGCCGCGAACGCGACCGAGAAUGGCACCCUAAUCGAGAUCGGGAUGCCUUUGUUCCGAGGGGUCGGAGGCUCUCACCCCAGGGAAGGCCUCGAUCUCCACCCGGUCGUGAUAUGGGAAGGGAUAUGGGCCGUGACAUAGGACGGGACUUUAGAGAUCCUCGAGACUUGCCGCUGAAUGUUGACGCCGAGCGCGCCAGGAGGGGUUCUAGGGAUGCCGGGCCUUUAUCGGCAGGCUCAUCAUCAUCCGACCCCCCUUUCGCACCCAUUCCAGAUCGCGGCAUACCAGACCGUGGCAUACAGGAUCGCGGUAUGCUAGAUCGCGGCAUACCAGAUCGUGGCGGAUUUCGCGGCGGAUAUAACUCACGUGGCGGAAACCGCGGCGGUAGAGGAAGAGGCGGCGACUGGGAUAGAGGCGGCCGUGGAAGAGGCAUAUUCUACGAUGACCACAGGGAUCACCGUAACUGGCAGCCUCGCAGUCGUUCUCAGGAGGGUCGUUGGGGGCCCCAGAGGGAUCUCAUGGACGACCGGGACCGCAGAGAACCUCCUGCUCGAUAUAUGGACACGGUCAGGGACAUGCGCGAUGAUCGUGACCCCAGGGAAAGAGACAAUCGUGAACCACCGCCCCGACAAAAGCUGGAUCGCGUUUCGCACGAGCCGGUCCCGACGACAACCAAGGAUGUUUCCCCGCCCCCGCUUGCCCCGUCCGCUCCCGCUUUUGGAUCCGUUCCUAGCCGUCAGCCUUCAUCGGCUGAGAUCCAGUCCGUCACGGGUAAGGCACCGCCGACCGGUCCCAGGGCUCUCAUCACCGAAGAAAGGCAGGACAGACCUCCAGCCACCGGCCUCCCUCCCGCCAAUAUCGAGAGGGGGCCUCCAACCGGUCCCUCCAAGCCGCUUUUGCCCGAAGGAAGCCCUUCCAUACCGGUCGGCCCGAGAGCACAGCGGUCCAGUAAGCAAUGGAUCAACCCGACUCUCGGCAAGAAGAUCCCCGAAUCGCCAAAGUCUGCCAGGUCUCAGAGCUUUGUGUCGCAGUCGCAACAUGGAAGGCCGUUUGGUGGACAUCGGCCUGAAUCUUCACAUUCUGACCACCAUGGCGAGACAGAGAGGAGACCUCGUAGUCCCGAUGCCAAAUCUGAAUCGCACCUUGUGGCAGCAGACGGACAGUCCCGUAGCUCGCUGCUUACGGGAGCAAAUGACACGCCAAUCAGGCCCGAGAGGGGCACGCAAUCUGCAAGGGCCUCAGUGGACAGGGAUACCAGAGCAUCUUUUGAUAACAGAGAUAUGAGGAUGGACUCUUUCGGGGGACCCCAGCGAUCCUUCAGAGAUCUGGACGUUGAACGUCGCGAUGAAAGGCCCGCAAAUAUGGCACCAUUGCGACAGCGAGAGGACGCGGACAAGAGUAGGAUUCCCGAGUCUAGGGUGCCGGUCAAGCGGAAGCGUAGUGUUCUCGCGAUCCCCUCAACUACUCGGCUCCAGCUGCCUACUCAACAGACCUCACUUCCUGGCACCGAGUCCGAUGAUGACGAAGACAUGGAUGACUAUUUCGAGGCUGAAAUCACAAAGCAGGAAACCGAGCUCAAGAAACUCAAGGAUAGCACAGCGGGUGUCCCCAUCCAGAUUGCCAGGCAGUAUGCAUGCGCUGUUCACGAUGCCGUGGCCAAGGUGGUCAGUGACAAUGUUCCUCUCGUAGACAUGAUUGGUGGCGUCCCAGAAGGAUACUCGUUCCCUCGACCAGUACCAAAAGCCCACAAACAGAAGGAACCGUCACCAGAACCUAAACCUCAGCAACAGUCACUGUCUGACGCGAAGCCGAAGCGUCCACCUGUGCAAGAGGCUGUGCCUAUGGUUGUUCAGGAGCAACCCGCUGAACAGGUUGAGGAACCGGUAGAGAAACCAGCACAGAAACCAGCACAGAAACAGGAUGAACAUGAGCCGCCCCAUGUCUCGGAGCCUGAGCCUGAGCCUGAGCCAAAGCCGGUUCCUGAGCCCAAAAAGGAAAAGGCACCACAGUUGCUGCCAGAGAAGCUGCCAGAACCGGAGCAAAGCCCGCCACGUCAACGUCAACGUCAACCUCAACCGCAGGCGCAGGCGCAGGCGCAGCCACUUCAGCCACUGACAGAACCGGAACCAGAGUCUGUGACGGAGCCGGAGCCGGAACCGGAGGCGGAGGCGGAGGCGGAGGUAGAACAGGAAGCGGAAACUCAUGAGCAGGCUCCCACGGAUCGGGAACUUUCAGCAAUCCCGACCGUCGAGGAAGAUGAGGAGACGUCGUUCCACCGCCCUGAGCCUCAACCUAAGAUGGAGGAAUUGGACACAGGUGGAUCAGGACUACCUCCUUUGCCAACCGUCGAAGAGCACAAGCUCAUCGACCAAGAUGUCGAUAUGGUUGAUGUCGAUGACGAGGCACGGGAUGCCCUACAACCCAUUCGCAAGUCCGUGCCCUUACGCGAUGUGAGCGGUGAUGGAGAGGGCGUUUCGCGAUUUCCUCAGCCGUUUGACCAGCCCACUUUUGACGGUACCAGUCCAUCACGCAUGGACGAGGACAGCGAGGAGAGGACCGAGGAAGAUGUUAGCGUUUAUGGCAGCGUUGAGAACAUCAGAGAACUAUCCACCACACCACCCACUGAUGAACUGCCAGUAUUCAAUGUUAAGCCGUGGUAUCAAAGCAGCAAGGUUCGCAAGCUCUCAGAGCAAAGUCCCGGGUUUGGAGCGUUCUUCAUGGGCAACAUCCGGGAUAGGGCCGAGGAGACGGCGAAGGAACAACAGGAAGCAAAGCAGGUAUACCGCAAGAACUACGAUGCCUACCUUCGGUUCACUCUUUCAGAUGACCCCACCGCCGUCAAGAGCAGAAAUCAAUUCUCGCAGUCGGAUAAAGAUAAGGCCUCGGGAGGUAAGGGUAACUCGGGGUCUGAUCAUCACGGUAAGGAGGGAGGAAGGAGAACAACUAGUCGCUUUUCAACCGAACUCGACGUCGAGUAUGCGAUCCAAGAGUCGAUUCGAGAAGCACAGGAGAAGAAAGAGCGAGAGGAAAGAGCUCAACGGGAAAAAUAUCGGACCGAUAAGGAGGCCGUGAUUCCCGAGAUGAUUUGGACAGACGAAGAAAAGGAUCAUCAACUCUUUGUCGAUACAGCGGGCUUGCUGCCCUUGGACAAGCUCGUGGAGACCUGGCAGGCGGUUCCAUACCAUGUCAACUUCACUGCGGAAGAGGCGGAGAAGUUCGAAAAGGCAUACCUCGAGUAUCCCAAGCAAUGGGGCAAGAUCGCCCACGAACUACCGAACCGCGACUUCCACUCCGUCAUUCAGUACUAUUAUGCAAAGAAGAGGGAGCUGAAUCUGAAGGAGAGGCUUAGGAAGCAGCCACGAAGGCGGAAGAAGGGACGUGGGAAGCAAAAGUAUAACGCCUUGGUGUCAGAACUGGGGAAUCCAGAGAAUGAGGCGACAGAGGAAAACCAGGAGAACGGGGAGAACAGCAACGGUCGCCGUCAGCAGCCGCGCCGCGCUGCUGCUCCUUCCUGGGGCCAUGAGGCCACGCCUAAUGCUGACUCCGACGGUGCUACUCCUUCUGCUACUCCCGGCCGCAGGAGAGCAGGUACUACCACGGAACCAAAGAACGACAGCGGUGCUGAGAAACCCGAGGGGGUCAAGAAAGGUGGCCGCAGAGCUCGCCAACCCAAGGCAGACAAAGAGCCAAAGGUCCCGAAGCCCGCUCAAGCUAUCGCGCCGACACCUCCAGCGGCUUCGGGUAAGGGGACGAAUGCCAGGUCUCGGUCGAAUUCCACAAGAGUACAAAACCCUGAAUGGAUGCCUCCCAAGACCCCGGCGGAACUGGGCGCCCGUGUUCAGAAUCCCAUGUUCGAUGUACCCCCUGGAAGCAUGCAACCACCACUGGCGCCCGCUCAACAAACACCCCUUGCCAGUCCCGAAAGAGCACCGCCUACACUGGCCUCAACAACCAUUUCCGAGGUCAUGGCUCCCCCUUCCCUGCGUCCAGAGCCUCCCGCGCCGCCGGCUUCUCUCCCCACCUUCGAGAUUGGACAGCCAUCCGGGCCUGAGCGCAUUCGCACUCCACAACAAGCAUCCAGUUACUGGAGCGUUUCGGAAUCGAAUGACUUCCCCAAUCUUUUACGCUCCUUUGGCACCGACUGGAGUGCAAUUGCCAACCACAUGGGAACCAAAACUCAAGUCAUGGUGAGGAAUUACUAUUUGAGGCAAAAGAAAGAGGGCAAGCAGGAAUGGGAACAGAUUGCUACCGAGGCCGAUCUCAAGAAACAGAGAGGAGAGAGGCGACCUCCUCCGCCCACUCCCUCUGCAGGACCAAGGAAGCGGUACGAUGUUCCUUCCUCGUCAGGACAUCGGCCGUUGGCUGCUGCGGAAGCCGAGGAGCCUCAACCCGCCAAAUCAGAAGCAGCGCCGGCCAACCAGCCUUUUAGCCGUUUCCAGGUAACUCCGAUCCAAGCGUCACCCGUAACACAUGCGCUUGUGCAACGAUCGCCCACAGUAAUGCCGGCGCCUCUACCUUCGGCACCAGUGGCAGCAUCGGCAGCUGCCGCAGCAACUCCGGCACCGUCGCCGCAGACACCGAGCGGACCCGGACCAGCGGUCACACAGACUAUGUCUCCGGUGCCUCGUCCACUUCGGCAGCCGACCGCCGCCUUCGCAUUCGCGGAGAGAGAAGGCGAGCCCAUCCCGGUAUCGCAAGCUCCGGCUCAAACACCGCAUCAGUCGGUCCGCAUCUCCCAAAAGACAGCUCCCGUUCCCUCUUCGUCCAUGCCGUCCGCAAGCGAGGCCAUGCCCCGUUCGGCAGGAUGGAUAUCUGAUGCCAACCGCCCAAUGCCCCUGCUGUCCCAGCAACAUGAGGUGCGCGAAGUUCGUGAAAUUCGCGAAGGUCGGGAACGGCAGAUCAGGAUGGAGCCGCUCCAGCCAAGAGAGCAACCGCGACCGAUGGAGCGCCCGGCCAUGCGCUUCAAGCAGGAGCCAGAGCAGCCAUUGCACCAUGGAGAUCCAUUCCAGAACUUCCUGCCUCCGCAGCGCUCCAUGCAGCCUAGGGCGGAAGCGGCGCCCAUGGGACGGCAGGAUCCCCCAAGGACCAUGGCACCCCCCGCUUCGCAGUCUUACACACCGCCUGUCCAAGUUCAACCUGUCCGCAACCUGCUCAGCGAGUCUAUGCCCUCCCAGCGCACACCUCCGCAGCUUAGCCCGGCGAUGGAGAGACCGCCCGUACCGAGCACGCAGCGCCCUGUGCCGACCUCGAUGCAGGAACAAUACCCUGCGAACACGUCCGCCGCUCAACCUGUUCCUCCACCUCAAGCUCCGCCCGCUAUGUCUCAUCCGCCUGAGCCAAAGAAGGUCAGCAGUAUCUUCUCCAUACUCAACGAUGAUAACCCUCCUGCGCCUGCCCCGGCCCCUAAACGGGUCAACGAUGUUGCAUCCAUACCUGGAGCGGCGUCAACGUCAACUCCGCCGCCUCAGCAGAUGUCUGCUCGUUCUCCCCAGCCGCCGACCACUACUGCAUCGGCAUCGCAGCGCAGGGACACCGAAGCCUCUGGGUAUCCGUACGCGCGCAACCCCCCUUCGGCCGCUCAGGCUGCUAUUCCAUCAUUGAAGCCUUAUCAUGCUCAGUCGCCACAGCCCCAGCAUAUGAACGUCGCCAGGUCGAGUAUGGGCUCAGGCAUGGAACAACAAGUUUCAGCAGCUGGUGACAACAGAGAGUUCUACUCACGACAUCAGUAUCAACCACAGCACCAGCCGGGCGCGUCAAACUCUCCUGUGUCUCAUCAGGUGCAUCGCUACUCUCAGUCAGCGCAACAUCCUCAGCAACACUCGCAGCAGCAUUUACAGCAGCCCCAAAUGGCAUAUUCAAGUCAACAGCAAUAUCAGGCCUAUGCCACUUCACAGGCUCAUGCUGCUUCGCCUACGCCGCAAUACGCAGCCCAUCCGUCGUCGCUCUCGGGCCGACGCGAAGCUCAGUCGGCUCGGGAGGAAUGGUCAUCGACCCAACAGGGGCAGGCCGCUGUUCCAAGUCUGCAGCAGCGACAGCAGCAGCAACAACAACAACAACAACAGCAGCAGCAACAACUAGGCUGGCCGCCGUCGCAUCCAACACCAUCCAAGUCUAGCCAGGCUUCUGUGCCGUCUCAAACAGCUUGGGCCGCACAACACGGUCCCAACGUUCAGGCUAAACCCCCACAGAUGGGCAGUGCAAUGUCUCAGCAGCAACACUCGUGGCAGGCCACACCUACUCAGCAGUCUCAUUCCCUCGGAUUGAGAGAACCUACUCCACGUGGCCAGGCAGUAUAUUCGGCUCAUGAAGCGCAAAGCCCCACGGGCAAUGUAGUGUCGCAUCAGCAUCAUCGCUCGCUCGAUGGGAGGAGCCAAUUCCCACCGAUGCCUGAUCCUCGGGAUCGCCAAAACCUACGGAGAGGUGAGCCCGUUCCGCCACAGGGCCAGCCAUACGUGAGAUACGUCAAUACCCCUGGUCCUGGGCAGGGUGGCCCUGGCGGACCCCCUGGACAAGUUCCUGGCCGAGGAGAAGCCCCUGCAGAUCUCAGGAUGCAGCAGAUGUCCCAGGCUAGAAGCUAUACGCCGGGGCCUGUCAGUGCCGGAUUUGAUGGUAUGGGUCCGCCACCCUCCUCCUCGCUAGGCUACCCAGAGCAAAUUAGGGAUGCUCAGAUACGCGACGCGCAGUUACGGGAGAUGGGCUCUAGAGAUCUAGGUCGCGAUCAUCGAGUCAUGGGUAGGGAUCCGCGAGAACUUGGUCGUGAUCCUAGAGAGGUAGCCGCUCAGCAGCGGGAGCAGCAUGCGGCACAGUUCCAAGCUCAACAGCAGCAUGGCGUCCCCGCAAAUGCCGCCCACCCACAGCACAUUCAGGUCCAAGGCCAUCCUCAGCAGCAUCAGAUGCCCCAGCACCAGCAGCAUGUUCAGCAGCAACCGAUGCAGCACGACAUGCGCAACCCGGUUCAGGCAUCUCAUCAACAAUAUGCUCCGCAACACCACCAAGGCGGCAUGAUGGCUAGACAAUUACGACCUCAGCACCAGUAUGACCAGCAGGGGCAUGGUCCCGGACCGGGUCAGGGAGAUCCUAGAAGGGCUGGCUAG